CAUGCGGGGGUUACGGUGUUUCCUGUCCUCGGAUCAGGGAAGGCCAUCAUGCACACGGCGGAGACCUUCUUCAGCCCGGAGAACGGCGGGAGGCGGGGGCACCCGCGGGUGAUGGUGGUGCUGAUCGACGGCUGGCCGUCUGACGACCUGGAGCAGGCGGCCAUGUUGGCCAGGGAGUCGGGCAUCAACGUGUUCCUGGUGUCGGUGGCCAGACCGGCGCCCGAGGAGCUCGCCAUGGUGCGGGACAAGGACUUCGUGAAGAAGGCGGUGUGUAAGGAUAACGGGUUCUUCAGUUAUUUGAUCACCAGCUGGUUCAGCACCACCAAACACGUCAGACCUCUCACUCAGAAGCUCUGCUCGCUAGACGGCCUGCUCUGCAGUAAAACGUGCUACAACUCGGUGAACAUCGGGUUCCUCAUCGACGGCUCCUCCAGCGUCGGGGAGGGGAACUUCCGCCUGGUCCUGGACUUCCUGGCGGGGAUCGCCCGGAGCUUCGACAUCUCCGACGUCGGCGCUCACAUCGGUGCGGUGCAGUUCACCUACGAUCAGAAGCUGGAGUUCGGCCUGUUCGAACACUCCAGCAAAGAGGACUCGGUCAACGCCGUGAGGAGGAUCUCCUACAUGAGCGGAGGGACCGCUACGGGGGCCGCCAUCACCUACAGCAGCCAACACCUGUUCAGGUAACAGACCGGGAC